UGUGUGACAUGGAUGCGGUGCGUUUGGUUACUUGAGGCACAGUGCAAAUCUGGACCGGAUAAACAAACAACUCUAUUUAUAGCCUUCAAGCAGUUCAGUUAUUUGACUUUUAAUGUAAUUAUUAUCUAGCACAAAAUAUGUUAGGUUUUGUUAUGUUUAUGCUGACAUUCAUCUGCUCGGUGAUGGGCUAUCCUGCGUCAGAAGCGGCGCUGGUGCAGCCCUGUCUCUCGCCGUCACAGUGGGAAGGUCGGACUGUUGAAUAUGACCACAGCACGGGAAUAAACACACGGGCUGCGGUCUCCUAUGAUGCACUAAAUCAACAAAUAAGGGUCCUGGAGCAGAAGACAGGACACACACCAUGCAAGAAGUUCUAUGAAUACAUCUACCUGUACAAAAGUGGAGUGUUUUUCCAGAUUGAACAAGUCACUAAAAAGUGUGCAAAAAUCCCUCUUACUGAGGCCUGGGACCCUUAUGACAUCCCUCUGAACUCCACAUAUGAGGACCAGUACUUCAUUGGUGGACCUGGAGACAUGAUUGAGGUUCAAGAAUGGUCUGAUCGUAAACAAGCUCGCAAAAAUGAAGCCUGGAUAGGUGUGUACACUUUGAAGGACUGCUAUCCUGUGCAGGAGACAUACACCAAGAACAGUAGUGUGACAACUUCCACUCGCAUAUUUGACCUUCAGCUGGGCAUUAGUGACCCCGGGGUGUUUAUCCCACCCAGCACCUGCCAGUCAGCACUGUCUGAGAUGAUGAUGCCUGACUGCUGAAUACCUCAUUUAUAAACACAAGGGCUCUGCAUUGCAUAUAGAUAUACAAGUUUAAUAUGUAAGCUUGAAAGUCAAAAUGACAGGGGAAAUUAAACAUUAAUAGUAAACAAUCAUAAUUUAGUUUACUAAAAUUAUCCAAGAAUGUCAAUCUUAUUUGAUAGUUCUAGUUUCUAACUCUUAGCGCUUUUUGUUUUAAAAUGUUACUCAUAAUUAUUAUUAAAAUCUAAUUGUAUUUAAGCACAAAUGUGAUGUUUUUUGAACUAAUGUAAGCUAGUUCUGCAUUUUAUAUGCAUUUAUUAAUAAUCAGUUCACCUACUGUACCUGGUAAAAUGAUUUCAUUUUGCUUUAAAGCUUUUUACAGUCUGAGUGCAUACACUUAUUGAAGUUGAACUGUACAGAAAACUCAGAUUUUGAAUAUUAAUAAAUAAAAAUAUAACAAUAA